CCCGCACGUUUGUUUAGGAUUGAACGUCAAACCACGUGACCAACAGGUGGGUUUUGGUUGGUGCUGUCAUCUGCUCAACGUUGAACAACGGCGCGGUGGGGUCACGUGACAGCAUCUGCUGCUGCUGGCUGAGCGAAGCGUGUUAGCAGAUUUUUCUAUUUUGUACAUACAUUGUUUUGUAUAUACUGUAUAUGAUGACUUCAGUGGUCAGCAAUCAAGCCCGAGCAACGAGGGACAGAGCGCUGCCCAACACCACACAAACAACACAGCCACAAAAACAGAUACAGGCAACAGCCGAACAGAUUCGCCUGGCCCAGAUGAUCUCCGACAAAAAUGAUGCUGACUUUGAGGACAAGGUCAAACUGUUAAUUGAGGUUACUGGGAAGACUCAAGAUGAGGGCAUGGUAGCCCUCCAUGAUUGCAAUGGAGAUGUAAACAGAGCCAUUAACUUCCUACUGGAGAGCAAGUCUGAUGUGACCUCCUGGGAGACUGUGGGAAAGAAGCGCAACCUUGGGAAAGAUGGAGGAACCUCAGAGAUAAAGGAAAGUAGGGAGAAAAAGGCAGGCGAGAGGGAGGCCAGUCGUGGACGUGGAAAUUCUAAUAGGAGGGGCCGAGGCAAUAGCCGAGGCCGUGAAGGUCGGAUAGAAGAAAAUGGGAUGGAUGUAGCUCCUGGAGAGAGGGGUGGGGACCGUGGACACAGAGGAAGGGGCAGAGGGCUAAGUGGUCGUGGAAGAGGAAGAGCAGCUGCUGGCAACAGGUUUUCCUCCCAAGGAAUGGGCACCUUCAACCCUGCCGACUACACGGCUAAUUUUGGAGCGCAACAAGACACAUGGGAGGGAGAAGGCAAUGAGGCUGCUGAGGCACCUGGCAAUGUUGAAGAAUGGACAGAAGACUGGAUUGAGGAUUUGUCUGAGACCAAAGUUUUCACUGCCUCUUCUGCUUUAGGAAAUCACAACACACCUGGACACAAUGUGGACCUGGCUGGCCUACUUCCAAAGGCUGGAGUGGCUGCUGGUUCUAUGGACUCUGAAUUGGGGGCGGUUGUUGACGGCCCCUCAGCAGAGAGUUUGGGCCAAAGUCUGGUGUUUACCAAUUCCCAUCAUAAUGGUCGACCUGCAAUGCAGAGCUAUGCACAUGCCACAGCCAACAGUUACGCCCAUGUCGCCUCUGCUAAUACCACCUAUGCACAUGCUGCUCUGUCAUCAGUCCUUGGUUCUGGAUUUGGCUCUCUGAAUGCUCUGAAGACAACACCUGCGUCAGACAUGAGGACAUCUGAACAGCUGAACGGGACUCGGCUUGGUCAGAGGGCAAAUCAGACAAUAGCCUACCCGAGUAGCAGCAGUAAUGUUCCCAAAGAUGUAGGACCAGCUCCAAUGCAAAGUCCCGCUCCUCCCUCUUUCCCCCCUCUAGAUCUCAAAGUUCAAAGAGCAGAAAAUGUCUCAGUCAUGACCCAACCAUUGGAGAUGAAGCAGCAGCCGGAACCAUCACCUGUGCUCAGCCAGCUAACGCAGAGGCAACAACAACAACAACCCACCGUCCUUUUCACCCCAGAUGUUCUGAGUAUGUCUGGGUCACAUACACCACAAGGUCAUGAAUCCUCUGCCCCUACAAUACGAGAUGGACCUUCUUCUGGAGCAAAGCUGCCAGGAAUGGAACUGACCACUAUGGAAGCCCCACAGCGGCAGCUAAAGGCACAGAGACGCAAAGUUCCCCUACUCUCAAAGAUCCCAUUGACAGCGGUGGAGAUGCCCGGCUCAACAGAUAUGUCUGGAUUGAAUGUUCAGUUUGGAGCUCUUGAUUUUGGGUCUGAAGCUAGUAGUGGAUCGGCAGAGGUGCCACACAGUGACCUGUCCAGGGAACAAGCAGCAUCCACCCAGGCCCCAGCGCCGAUCUCCAUGUCUGUUCCAACUGCCGUAUCCACACAGCAGCCACAGAUCAGCCUCUUCUCAAAGCCAGUGUCUGUUAGUGAGCAUGUGAGCAGUUUGUCCAGUUUACCCUCGGACCACAGCUUCCCCUCACCAUCUCUGGGUCUACCCAGUGCUACACACUCACCCUCGCUGGGUCUUCCCAGUAACGGAGCCCCUGUCUCCUCUGCAGCCCCUACCUUAGCAAGUCGUAUGGAUAACAACAGCCAGAGGUCCAUCCCACCACAUCUGGUCUUUUCACAGGGCAAAGAUGUCACAUCAGCCACUGGUGGAGCUCUAACAAAUGGCUACAAUGGGAUGAAAGUAGCAAGUGCACAGGACCUCAUGCCACCAUCCACAAGAACAGAGAAAAAAGACUGCCCUGUAAUGGUGAGUGAAAGUGGCUCUGCUCAUCACAUCCCGGCCCCUGCAGCCACGCCUUCACACUCGACCCAAAAUCCCUCACUCGGCAGUCAUGUUACCAGUACUCAAACCAUUGGAUCAGCUCUCACAACAAGUUCCUCCAUGACAAUAAACCAUGAGGAGAGCAGUAUCAGUAGUGGAAACCUCCAUGCUUACCCAUUAUCAUCCAGUCAAGCUGUCAAUCCCAGUUCAUCAGCUUCUCUGCCUGUGAGCAGUUCCACCACCAAUGGUCUUCACCCUUCUGGAGCUCCAGGACUAAUUCCAAAUGGAACAAAUUCCACACUUUCAGCUCCAGGCAGCCGUACAGCACCACUGCUCACCACCACCUCUGGUAAAGCUCCUCCGAAUUUAGCUCAAGGCGUUCCACCUCUCCUUGCAAACCAGUACAUCAUGGGGCCUAAUGGCUUGCUCCCAGCCUACACGCAGAUCUAUGGAUAUGAGGACUUGCAAAUGCUGCAGUCCCGUCUUCCUAUGGACUACUAUGGUGUAACAUUCCCUGGUACAACAGCUGCUAUGCCUGGAAGAGAUGGCUUAGCCAACAAUCCGUACUCUGGUGAAGCAACAAAGUUUGGUAGGAAUGACUCAUCAUCUCCAGCUCCACCAACGAGCUUGCCUACAGUUGGGGUGCAGUCACAGCCACAGCAGACACCACAGGCGGGAACACAAAGUCAGGGCACAGGACAGAGCCAGGGUCAGCAGACUCAAAAUCAGGCCUUCCUAAACCCCCCUCUACCACCUGGCUAUGGAUACACUGGUCUGCCAUACUAUGCUGGUGUGCCAGGGGUGCCUUCAGCCUUCCAGUAUGGCCCUACCGUGUUUGUUCCUCCUGCUUCUGCUAAACAACCUGCAAUGGGUCUGGCCAACCCCUCCAACCAGUUCCACCAACAGCAUCAGCCAAGUUAUGGACAGCAUGCUUACGGUACAGCCUUUGAUGACCUGUCUCAAGCCCACGCUGGGGAGUACAGUAAGGGAGGGUACGGAGGCUCUGCCCAGUCACAGGCCAAGUCAGCGGGCAGCGGCCCAGGGAAAGAUGAUUCUACUGUCAAGAGUGUUCUGGACAUAGCUCCAGGACUUUCUGCGUCAGGUACCAGUGGAGGAGUGGCUGAGAUGGGAGUUUCAAUCUACAGUAAAACACAGUCAUUCGACAAACAGGGCUUUCACACUGGAACACCUCCUCCUUUUAGCCUACCUUCUGCACUCGGAGGAACAGGUCCCCUGAAUCCUGGGGGAGCUCCAGGCUAUGCCCACGGUCCCUUCCUGCACAUCCUGCCUCCACACCAACAGCCCCACUCUCAGCUGCUGCACCAUCACCUGACACAGGAUGGACAGGGGGGCCCUGGACAACGUAGUCAAUCCAGCAGCAUGCAGCAGAAACCACAAGGCAGCAAGUCCAGUUACGGCAGCUCCCCCUACUGGGCCAAUUGAGGAAUGUUGCGGCUGCGUGUACGUGUGCGUGAUUGUUCGUUUGUGUAGGGCUAAAACAGAAAGACAAAUUGAAAAAAACACACUACCCUCAUAGUGAAACGUUAGGCCUGAGCGCCUGCUCCCUACCCCACCUCCACAAGUCCUCAUAAGUCUUUUGGGUUCUCUCUUUACCCCCUUUUCAAAAUUGGAUGUACAUGUAAGAUAUUUAUGUAUGUAUUUAUAAAUAUAUAUAUACUGUAUAUGUAAUAGUAGAACACAAAAUGUGGCAUUUUAUUUUUGAAGGACUUUUGUUUACUUUUUCAAAACUGCAGGAAAAGAUGUUACAUCAUGUUCCAAGUGAGUGAAGAUAAUCAGAAACCUUGUGGAAUAUACCAGUUCUAGGAAUAAAGGAAAGAGCUAUAGCACUGAUUGCAUAUGAGGACGCAUAAAAUGGGGGUGGGGUUUAUAAUGACUAACUGCAUCUGUGUUUUUUUAUAUAUAUCAUAACAUUUUGAAUGUCCAGCUUAUUUCCAAAAAAAGUUCAUUUUGCGGCUUCCCAUUCUUUCCCUCUUUGUUGAGAGCUGCCUUCUGUUGACACUUUUCCCAUUGAACCCAGACAUUUUCAUCUAAAUUUUAUAUUUAAAUUCAAUUUUAACCCUGAUUUGCAUUGAAAAUAAACAUUCUGAGAAGUUGGAGUU